UUCGGAGAGCGUCAGCUCCACCACGGGCUUCCUCCUCGCGGGCUCCGUUUUGGAAGCAUGGAGCCGAGAAGGCGCGGGACCUGGUCACCCAGCCCGGGAUUCCGGGGGCUGCUUCUACUGGUCUAUGCACUCGCCACCAUCGCAGCAGAGCAAGAAGUGGAAAACCUCUCCGGGCUCUCUCCUAACCCGGAAAAGGCGAUUUUCGUAGUUCGUGAGAAUGGGACAAUUUGUCUCAUGGCGGAAUUUGCGGCAAAGUUAAUCGUCCCCUAUGAUGUGUCGGCCCCCAAUUUUGUGGAUACACUCCCAGAACAAGCCUAUAUCCCGCUUUCUCGGGCAGCAGAAGAGCGAGGCAAAUGCGGCAGCAAUGAAUCCGAGCUCCAGAUUUCAUGGAUAGACAAAGCUUACACUCUCCGACUUUACUUCGUCAAGGAGAGCCGCAACACAAGCGCAGGGCCAGAAGCUUGGUGGAAAAUGAACAAAGUCCAGUUCGUUUAUGACAGCUCGGAGCACACCUACUUCAAAGAGGCCGUCAACCCUGGGAAACACACCGUCACCACCCGCCAUCUUUCAGCUUUAGUCACCCCAGCUGGGAAAUCUUAUGAAUGUCAAGCUCAGCAGACGAUCAGCUUGGCCUCCAGUGACCACCAGAAAGCUGUCGUUCUCUUGCUAUCCGAGAUCCGCCUUCAGCCCUUUGACAUCAGGUCUGAUUAUGUCUUCAGUGAAGGACAUAAAUGUCGGGUGGACCAAACAGAACAGUUAGAAGAGACCCUCCCUCUGGUUCUGGGCUUGAUCUUGGGACUGAUUAUUGUGAUAACCCUCGGUGUUUACCAUAUCCAUCUCAAAAUGACAGCAAAUCAAGUCCAAAUUCCACGGGACAGAUCUGAAUAUAAACAUAUGGGAUAGCUGGCAAAGUUCUGGAUCAGCUGAAGCAAAAGCACUUUUUUCCCUUAUAAGCCAGGGGCUCCCCCAUGAUCAAACGAUCAACUGUAU